UCGAGCUUCACACAGUUCCCUGAUUUAGUCCAUGAGGAACAGAGACCCUCUGAGCUGCAGGGACUUUAGAACCUAAACAACGGAGUUGCUGCAUCCUGAGCCUUAAUCUGGAGUAGCGCUGGAAGAAAGAUACACAGACCAUGUGCCAAAAUGAGCGCAGAACUGCAGGAACAUUACUUGAAUCCCAGAUCACAGAUCCAUGUAUGUCUUUCUAAGGGGCAGCUUGAUCCAAUGCAUGGAAAGUGCUGUCAUUACCAGGAAUGUAAACCAACUAUUGCCCCCAAACCAAACUCAAUCUCCAAACAGUUUCACUGCUCAAAUAAUUACCUGAGGAAACACAGUAAUAGAAACCUGAGGCCGGCUAAUUCAGAGCAGCACACUGAGAAAAUCUGUAGGAAAGAGGUACUUGGCCAGUGGGAGGAAUCAAGACAGAAGGACAACAUAGAACAAAAAAGGGAAGAGUCAGAAACAUGGAAUGAUGUAGAACAUAAAGAAAGAUCGAUGCAAUGGGAGGAGUUUACAGAAGCAAAUAAGAGAGAACGGAACAGUGCACUGGAACAGGAGGAGGAGUUAGGCUGUGGGGAGGAGCUGGCACAAGGCAGUGCGUUAGACUGGGAAGUGGGUGUACAUCAGGGGGAGGUAUUUGACUCUGAGGAGGGUGAGGGCUCACUGGAACUUCUCUCUGACUCCUGCAGUGAUGAGGAAGUGCAAGGAGUGGCAAGACAGCUGCAUAGAGAAGAGGAAGGGGAGGAAGGGUGGGAAGUGGUUAGGGAUGGUAAAACAGGAUCACUUUUGACUCCUGUUGACGUUCGCUUUGCAGUGCGGUCAACUCCACGCACACUUUACGAUCAAAUGGCGCACAAAGAUGGACUGAACAGAAACAAAACUCAGGCGUCUGUGACAUCGUCUGACAGAACGUAUACUGAUGGAAUUUUCAGUGAUGAAAUUUUUUCAGAUGGAUUGUAUCCAAAUCACAUUUACUCAAAUGGAAUUGACACGGAUGAGUUGUGCCCAGACAGAAUCGACACAGUGACCAUGUACCCAGACAUGUGCGAUGCAGGAGAGGCAUUGGCAGAUGCAGAUGGACUCUCUGAGUGUGAUCUGUUUGAGCCGAUUGAACCAUCUCAGACUUUAGAGUUAGAGGAGGUGGGUGAUCCUGGAGAUACUGUGAUGCUCUCUGUGGAAGAGGGUUCAGAAAGUUCAGGUGGGUCAUUGUCUGCCUUUGGGGAAGAAGGUGGUGAAGAGGAAAGAGAUAGAGAGGAGCCAAGUGAAAAUGGUUCCCAGUUUCUUAGGAAUUCUUCUCAGGAUUUGCCUUCUGGAACUUCUCAGGAUUCUCCGCGUUCAGAUUCCACGGUUUAUCCAAGGUCAGAGAGAGAAGCUGGAAUUCUCUCAGAGUCCUCUCAUCAGCUUUCUUCCUCCUUCUCUUCAGUCUGCUCAUCUGAGUCUGAAGUGACUUUUGAUGAAGCGGGAAGAAGUGAAACUAUUCUCAGCUACUGGCGUGAUCGAGAUAAAGCUGAGCCAGAAACUGAACGUACUGCAGUGUCCAUGUCCAAAGAAAGUGACUUCAAUACAACUUUUGAACUUGGUCUUCCAUGUGUCUCUUCACCACUACAGCCUCAAGACCAAACGUCACAUCAGAUGCAGCCUGAUGAACUAGAGGUAGUAAGAUCAAAUGUCCAAGAGGAUCAGUCAAUCAUGGCUACAGAGAGCCCUGUAGCUCACACAGAAGAGCAUGUGUAUGAGGAAACUGAGCCAAAAUUCCAAACCAAAGGCUUCCUGCAUACCAGGAAGUAUUUAAUGACUCGUUCCAUAUCCAUGGAACCACCCUCUAAUAGACUGGACCCCAUGAGCUCCACAGUAUCAGGAAAGGAGCGCUUGAUGCUACACCCUCAGUCCUACUACACUAGUCAUAAUUUUCUUGGCGAUAGCUUGCCAGCUCUCACUGGCUCAUUAGGAUGUCUCUCACCAGGAAGUCCUUGUCCUCCUGGUGAGCUAGGCAUUACUCCGGUAGACAUACCACCCCCAUUUGAGCUGUCAUCAAUCACAAAGCGGCCAAUUAGGAAAAGUACACCAGCUCUGCCAACCGAUGUGUCUGCCUCAUGCAGGAAACUUGACUUUGGCUUCAAACGUUACUUCUUGCCUCUGCGGUUUCUGAGGAAAUCCGAAAGACGGAGCUUAACAGAUAAUCGCUCAGUCUCCUCCAGAUCCUCUUCAGAAUCAAGUCCACAAGGCUCUUGCAAGAGGCUGAAUUUAAUCAGGCAAAAUAUGGGCAGCUCUGAGCUACACAGGGCACAUGAUUGUUCCUUGCCAUCAUCCCCAUCUUCCUUCCUUUAUCAGAAGAAUAAGCAGAAGCAUGGCCUAAGCACACCUCUCAGUAACAACAUAGUGUCUGCUAUUCCCAGUUCCUGGGACAUAGAUGACUUCCUUCAUUCCCCCUUUAUCAAGCCCCUCCCCUUUUCUAAACCUCGCUCUUUCUCUUCCCCCAAUGUUGACUCGUCAGUGUACGAGAAUGUUUUAAACCCAAGUCCACACUAUGAGAAUGUGCAACUCCGCCUCUUAAAUCCUUGCAAUCAGAACCAGCGAAAUCAGAGUUCAGCCAAUGACACGGAUGGUUAUGUGGAUAUGAGCAGUCUGCCAGGCUUUCAGAGCAAAAGCCAGUCAUCUGAGCAAGAGACGGAGAGUGCCUAUACUAUCUGCUCUCCUGCUGUGAGGUCAGAUGGAUCAGUGGGUGUGUCUGUAGGAGUGGCUUGUACAAAUAAGGAGGAGAAAAAGGCCUGGGAAAGACUGACUGUCACUUGUUCCAGAGCAUUUUACAGUGCAAAAGAGCUGCUGGACAGCGAGGCACAGCAUGUAAAGACUUUAAAGCUUCUGAGUGAGACUGUAGAUGCAGAUGAGAGGCUGGUGAAACUGUGGAGUGAUUUGCCUGCAAUUUGUAGCCUCCACCAAAACCUCCAUACCCAACUGGAAAAUCGCAUCAAGGAGUGGGAUCAGAAGGAGGGGAUUGCUGACAUCAUCCUGGCCAAAAAGAUGGAGUUUUCAGUUUUUUCCUCCUUCAUCAGUCACCAUGACAGCAAUAUGAAGUCUCUAGAGCAGAUGGAGAACACACAGUUGGACCUGGCCUCUCUGAAACAGCAGUUGCUGCAGGUGGUAGUGAGAGUUCUACAGUACCGCAUGUUGCUAACAGAUUACCUGAAUAAUCUUUCACCAGACACCAGCGAGUACAAGGAUACCAAAGAUGUUUUGGCAGUGGUCUCAGAUGUAGCUGAUCAGGCAAAUGAGAAGCUCAAGAAUGGAGUGGCUCUUUUGCGUCUGGUUCAUAUUGAGCACAGUGUUUUAGGCUUGAAGAAUUUACUACAAUCUGGAAGGAUGUUUGUGAAAGAAGGGACAUUGAUGAAGGUCAGCAGGAAGUGCAAACAGCCCCGCCACCUGUUCUUGAUGAAUGAUAUAAUGCUUUACACAUACCCCCAACAAGAUGGCAAAUACAGACUCAUCAACACUUUAGCACUGACAGGAAUGGAGGUGACUAAACUUAUUGUAGAAAAUGCUCAGAAUGCCUUGAAGAUUGAGGUGAAAGAUAUCAGUAUCACUCUGUCAGCAAGCUCUUCUAUAGAGAGGGAUGAUUGGUUUGUUACACUGAAUCGGGCGAUAGCUGACCUUGGUUCAUUACUGGGAGUCCCCACAGGCUGUUUAGAGUCGGAGGUGUGUCUUGGAGAGAAUGCUCCACCUCUGGUGUCCGUUUCUCAGAUAGCAGUGUGCAUGAACUGCCCUGUCCGCUUCAGCCUCACACACCGAAGGCAUCACUGCCAUGCCUGCGGAAAGGUUGUGUGCAGAGACUGCUGCAGAAAUAAAGUUCCUCUAAAAUAUAUGAAGAACAGACGAGCCAAAGUGUGCGAUAAGUGCUACAGUGAACUUUGCAAGCCUGACGGAGAUGUUGCCAUGGCAACGGAGAGCUCUAGUCGGCCUCUGUCUGCAGUUUUCCAGAACAUCCAUCCCACCUGUCUGUGGAGGGGGCGCAAAGGCCAGAUGUCCUUCAACCAUGUGACCAGGUCAGACGGGGAGAUGAGUGGAACUCUACAGAGGAGUCGUAACAGUAGGCGGAGCUGGAAGAACCUGUGGUUCCUUCUCAAAGAUAAAGUGCUGUAUGCAUACCCACAGCCUGAGGACAGGGUUUCCUGUGAGUCUCUUCCUCUGUUGGGGUUCUCAGUAAGGUCAGAGAGUCAAGGAGAGAGCAGUGUGUUUCAGCUGUACCACAAAACAACACUAUACUAUACAUUCAAGGCUCAGGACACACACACUGCACAGAGGUGGGUGAGCGCUAUGGAAGAAGCCACAGUCCUGUAGCAACUGCUGUCUUGGGAAGGCAGUUAUCUCCUAUGAACAGAUAAAAUCAGCACCUGGCAAGUGAAAAAUGCUGUAGCUUUAUCACUGCUUCAAAGUGAUGUAGUUGCCAAAUUUUUACAGCGUUAAGAGAGCCAAUUAGAUAGAUGCAUGCUCAGAGUUGAUCUUUACAGCAUGCCAAAUCUCCAACAAGGAGAAGCAACUGCAAACUGCACAAGCUAUUAUCUGUCUAUAUGACUGUUAUUUUUUGUAUUUGUGUUUUUUUUUAUUUUUCUUUUUUAUCUUUAUAUUUAAAUGUUAUUUUUUAUGUUUGUGCUUAUAUUUUAUAGAAGGAUCCACCUGCAAACAAAAUGUUUUGUUUUUUUCAUAAGAAAUAAACUUUUGAAUUGAAUCUAAAGGCUGAAGGCUCAAAACUCAAAACUGACCACAGUCUAACAGAAUGAUGUACAGAAUCAGGUGCAUUUUGUAUUUAUACAAUUAAAAUGUUUUGUCAGUGA